AUAAAAAAGAGAAAAAGAAAACAGAAAUGGGAUGAGAUGAGAGGAGAAGGGGAAUUUGAGAGAGGAGCAAGAUGAGGGGAAGCGGCAGCAGCAAGAGCAAUAGGAAGAAGAAGACGAAAGACAAGAGUGAGGAGGAAUUGCAAGUUGAAGAGCUUUUACAAGCAGCACAGGACCAGCUCCUCCUCAACCUCUCCCUUAACUCUCACUUAGCUCGUCCUUCUUCUUCUCACAAUCAAAACAAUUUCGAUCUCGAUCUCGAUCUAGAGCGUCGAUUCCAGGCUCUCAAAUCCAAUUCUCCUGCUGUGUCUGCACCUUCUCAGCGCCAACAACUUGGAGUUGGAGACGGAGACGAAGACGAUCUCUCCGCCAGAUUCGAUGCUCUCAAGGCGAAAUCAGCCUCAACAUCAACAACUAAUUUCGGAUUCGAUAGCAACAGCGCCGCCCUAUACGAACAGGAAAGCGACGACGAAGACAAAGAGGAACAAGUUCGCAAACUGAUCGAGUGGGCUAUGGACGCCGCGCGUCUCGACGGCGCCACCAAUCCUACAAACCCUAAGUAAUUAUAUUUAUUUAAUUGUUUUUUCUUUUUAAUUGGGAUGAUUAUAUUAUGAAUUUAUGAUUAUCACACGGAUGCAUUAGAUAUUUUCUCGUGGUCCUGUUGGAAAGCAAAACAAUGUGUAUUAUGUUAGCAUUUCUUAAUCAUGCAGAACUGAUAAUAAUUAUGUCUUACUUUAAUUUUUGUUUUAAGGAUUAGGAACCAAAUUGCAGUUGUGGAGAAUGUUGGCUUGUACUUAAACUCUUAAAGAUCCUCAUAUUGCUAAAUGCUAAUUAAUAAUAUUGCCUGUGUGUGAAUUCUCCAUCC